AUGACGCAGUGAAUGUAGGAGAAGAAUUACUGUCUGCACUUACAAAUUUAAGUACUGUUAUCCAACAGGAGAUGGAGAAUGAGCAGACAUUUAUAACACUGGAUUUGCAGAAGGGCUUUCGUGGGCGUCCACGAUUGACGACGUCAGUAGAGACCCUCACACAUCUUCUAGAACUUGGGCUGCCAUCAAAAUGCAUCGCUAGACUCCUUGGUGUGUCGAGAGCUACACUUUUUAGGCGGAUGGCUGAAAAUAAUCUAUCUAUAUCUGCCUCAUACAGUGGCUGCAGUGACGAUGAAUUGGACUCAUUGAUCACAGGAAUUAAGAGCACAAUGCCAGAUGCUGGGUGCAGAGUAGUCAAAGGUGCUCUACUUGCACAGGGACACAGAGUGCAAUGGGACAGAGUGUAUGCAUCCAUGCAUCGCGUGGACAGUGUAGGUGUACUUUCCAGGAUGACUCGUCUGAGAUGUGUGGUGAGGAGGACGUACACAGUUCCUUACCCAAAGUACAUGGUGCACAUUGACACCAAUCACAAGCUCAUCAGGUACAACUUUGUUAUCUUUGGGGGAAUAGAUGGCUAUUCAAGAAAGAUGAUGUACCUCAAGGUAGCAGACAACAACCGAUCUGAUACACACCUGGCAUUCUUCAAUGAAGCUGUGAAUGAGCAUGGGUUUCCUCUGAGGUAG